AAAAAAGUAAGUCUUGAUACACUUGCGCCAAAUAGAAAAGGGAGUAAAGAAGGAGGUGACGUUGGGGUUGAUUUUCCAAUUCUGCCAGUCCACAAACAAAUCAAGUAGAUUUCAUUAGUACAGGCUAGUCGUUGUCUACAUUACCUCUCCUUGUUUCCAAAUCCGAUCCCAUUAUCCGUAUGUCUGCAACUACCGAGCGGCCCGAGAUGCAGAACGGAUCCGCCGAUUCGGAUCCCAAGCUCCCUGAUCCUAGCGCUACCGAUGUACAAUCACCUGAUGCUGAAAACUCGGGAGAAGUUCCACCAGAGGCACCGAUUUCUGUAGUUGACGGAGAAAUUUCGAGUGAAUUAAGUGGUGAGGACUCACGCGCAAUGCAGUCAAACCAUGAAUCGGGAAGUGGUUCGAAGCUGGGUAACGCGGAGGGGAAUCGGACGUUUACUAUGAGAGAGUUGCUGAAUGAAUUGAAGAAUGGAGAUGCCAAUGAAAAUGAUGGAAGAGAAGGCGACACACCACAUAGCCAACCAAACUCAGAACAGCGAAUCAACCAGAGUAAUGCUGCUAUGGAGUUGAUCAACAAUGUCACGGGUCUUGAUGAAGAAGGUAGAUCCCGUCAAAGGAUUCUUGCAUUUGCUGCCAAGAGAUAUGCAACUGCUUUAGAAAGAAAUCCUGAUGAUUAUGAUGCAUUGUACAAUUGGGCGCUGGUUCUUCAGGAAAGUGCUGAUAAUGUAAAUCCAGAGUCAGGUUCUCCUUCCAAAGAUACGCUGCUUGAGGAGGCAUGUAAAAAGUAUGAGGAGGCUACUCGUCUUUGUCCAACACUUAACGAUGCUUACUACAAUUGGGCUAUAGCAAUCUCUGAUCGGGCGAAAAUGCGUGGUCGUACAAAGGAGGCGGAGGAACUCUGGGAACAGGCAACAAAGAAUUAUGAGAAGGCUGUCCAACUCAAUUGGAACAGUCCCCAGGCACUUAACAAUUGGGGACUUGCGUUGCAGGAACUCAGUGCAAUUGUUCCUGCUCGUGAGAAACAGACAAUAGUGAGAACUGCUAUUGGCAAGUUUCGCUCGGCAAUACAAUUGCAGUUUGAUUUCCAUAGGGCUAUUUACAAUCUUGGAACUGUACUGUAUGGGUUAGCAGAAGACAUAUCAAGAACUGGAGGACACAUGAAUGCAAAGGAGGUCUCUCCUGAUGAAUUAUACAGCCAAUCUGCUAUAUAUAUUGCAGCUGCACAUGCAUUGAAGCCCAAUUACUCGGUUUACACCAGUGCUUUAAAGCUUGUGCGUUCUAUGCUGCCACUACCAUAUUUAAAGGUUGGCUAUCUGACAGCACCACCUGUGGGAAAUCCGGUUGCUCCUCACAGUGACUGGAAACGCUCUCAAUUUGUACUAAAUCAUGAAGGGCUGAAACAGAUUAACAAAUUUGAGCAAAGAAUUUCAUCACCAAGCCUUUCUUCAAAAUCAGGAGAUACACCCUACAGUAGACCUGUCAUAAGAAUUGAUGUCCCAGACAUUGUUUCGGUAUCCGCAUGUGCUGAUCUUACAUUGCCACCUGGUGCAGGCCUCUGCAUUGAUACUGUUCAUGGGCCUAUUUUCUUGGUUGCUGAGUCUUGGGAAUCUCUAGAUGGUUGGCUUGAUGCAAUCCGAUUAAUUUACACCAUCUAUGCACGGGGUAAGAGUGAUGUUAUGGCUGGUAUAAUAACAGCCUAAAUUGGUACCUGUAAAUUACGAGGGAAACAUUGAAAAUAUUCUCCGGAAGAGGCAGAUUGAAUUAGUUUCUGAAUUGAACCAGCGAGGAUUUGUUGUUCAUGUAGACUUAUAUUAAUUGAUAAUGCUCUAAAAUGAGGCAAGUUUUAUAUAAUUUCUCGAAUAUUGUUUUGUCUAUGAAGAUGUUGAGUAAAGGAAUGAUUGAAAUCUCUAUAGAACAGAAUAGUCGCUCCUGCUGCCUUCCUUUUAGGGUUAGUUUAUGAUGCAUGCCUUCAGUUGGGAAUGGAGUUGAAAGUUGAAACAAUUCAUUUUGGUUAUUACGGUUGGUGUAUUUUGGUGUCUCAUUAAAUGAUUAUCUA